AUGACGAGAGAUGAUGCUGGGGUAUUAAGAGUAGAACUUCGUGAUGCUGUUGAAUUUGACGAUGCCAUAAGAAAUCGAAAUUAUCCUCGUGGUGGAAAGUAUGCCUGGAUAUUUAAGAAAAUGAUUCCUUGUAACUCCAACUCACCAACAGAGACAACCCGUCAUCAUAUAAUACCAAAUAAUAUACUUGAAGACGCUGUUCUGGAUUACGGCAUCAGCGAGCCUGGUAUCACUGCCGCCGAAGCAGGAAAGAGGCGAGAAACACUUCGAGCAAGUUUGCAAAAUUUCGUGAACCAGGAAAGCAUGAGAAGCAUAAUCGAGAGUGAACUUGAUGACAAUGGUCAACUGAAGCAUCAAGAGGACGUCGGUCCUUUUCUGCACGCUGCAUAUUCGAACAAUCCCAAUAAUUUAGUCAGAGGUCCGAAAGCUGAAUUGCGAGCCAAUGAUCCUGGGUCUAAGCACGACGAGGAAAUAGGGAACCUGCAGACACAUGAGCAUCAGGCAGCUGUCAAUCAGUUUUACGAUGCGCCAUCAACCGAGAAGAUCGACAGGUUCGGAAAUCUUCCAGCUACUAUACCUGUCGACUGGUCCAUACCCCCUGGAGAGGAGAACUACGUUGCUAAUCAGCCCGCUGGUACCACGGGUCGAGAAAAUUCAACUUUGCGAGGUUACCAACUGUCGCCCACCCCGCCUAGCGUCGUGACAGCGACAGUCGAAAUAGGGGUUCAAAAUUCAAGACGAAGGAAUCACCUGCGAGGGAUGGCAACCCAGAACUUCAUUAAGACCGGUUUUGAACUGGGCACCUACUCAGUGCUGCUAGUACCGCGUGUUCUCACAGCAGAGGGCGCACAGCGCUCUGGUGUCUAUGUGCACACGGAUGGACUGCAUCUAGAUGAAAUCAAAUGGUUUGAGGACAUGGACUGGGGAAGAGACAGAGUUCUGAUCCCGACUCUGAAAACAUCUAGUUUUGCGGAAGACAUUGACAACGGGGUUCAAGUGAUGUACGUGAAACAUGGUCCGAAUGACGAGGUUGGUCACGCGUAUUACAUGGAGAGCAACGGUCAGUUCAGUGAAGCACCGUCAGCAGGCUACGACUCCGCGUUUGCUGCCUUCAGUAAAAUUCUAGAAAGUAACGGGAUCAGCAAAUGUGUCGGUGAUCUCCGAGUUGAAGCAGCUGACCUUAUAGAAUCGAAUUCGGCAAGCUUUUUGAAGGUGCUUUCUGCUGAAAAUUGGAUUAGAAAGACGAAUCCUGAUUCGGCCAACAAACUAUUAUUCACUGCAGGAUUGAAAAGAGAUGCUCAAGGCAUAUUAAGAGUAGAACCUGAUGAUGCUGUUGAAUUUGACAAAGCCAUAAGAGAACAAAAUUAUCCUCGUGGUGGAAAGUAUGCCCGUAUAUUUAAGAAAAAGAUUCCUUGUAACCCCAACUCACCAACAGAGACAACCCGUCAUCAUAUAAUACCAAAUAAUAUACUUGAAGACAGAGUUCGGGAUUACGGCAUCAGCGAGCCUGGUAUCACUGCCGCCGAAGUAGGAAAGAGGCGAGAAACACUUCGAGCAAGUUUGCAAAAUUUCGUGAACCAGGAAAGCAUGAGAAGCAUAAUCGAGAGUCAACUUGAUGACAAAGGUCAACUGAAGCAUCAAGCGGACGUCGGUCCUUUUCUGCACGCUGCAUAUUCGAACAAUCCCAAUAAUUUAGUCAGAGGUCCGGAAGCUAAAUUGCGAGCCAAUGAUCCUGGGUCUGAGCACGACAAGGAAAUAGGGAACCUGCAGACACAUGAGCAUCAGGCAGCUGUCAAUCAGUUUUACGAUGCGCCAUCAACCGAGAAGAUCGACAGGUUCGGAAAUCUUCCAGCUACUAUACCUGUCGACUGGUCCAUACCCCCUGGAGAGGAGAACUACGUUGCUAAUCAGGGCUCACUGGACAAUCGACAUGGAAUGAUGAAGGAUUUCAAUCGCAAGAAUCACCUGCGAGGGAUGGCAACCCAGAACUUCAUUAAGACCGGUUUUGAACAGGGCACCUACUCAGUGCUGCUAGUACCGCGUGUUCUCACAGCAGAGGGCGCACAGCGCUCUGGUGUCUAUGUGCACACGGAUGGACUGCAUCUAGAUGAAAUCAAAUGGUUUGAGGACAUGGACUGGGGAAGAGACAGAGUUCUGAUCCCGACUCUGAAAACAUCUAGUUUUGCGGACUGGCAGGACGCUGAGCCGUGCUAUCCAGACGCCACAGUUACAACCGUCGAGCAAGUUUCGUUUCGGGAAGCACUGAAACUAAUGACCGUCGACAUUUGGUGCAACAUGGAAUAUUUUUUGGCCAAUCGGGACGAGAUGGAAAAGGAUUUAGGUCGCAAGUUGCCUAAUCUGGAUUUGGACGAUAAGGAUUUGUUGAAGCAGUUGGAAGACGAACUAUUUUAUAAACAAUCCGUGAAGAUUUUCGGUCGAGAAGAAGGCGAUGAUGAAAAGUCUGCAGUGACCUUCACAGACUUCCGUCAUUUGUUUUUUGAUGGGAACGAAAGGUUUGGGACUGCCAGGCAUGGGAAACACUACGUGGUUUUCUUUCACGUCACUGGCUGA